CUCCACAGACCAGUACCGGUGUUUGUGGUAAACCCAGUUACAGGGGAGGUGGCCAAAAAGAGGAAGAGGACCCUGCCAGGUUCCCAGCCUCUAUAAAACAGGCUGUGGAGGGAGCCUGGGCAGCUGCUUCAACAUGACCUCCUGGGUUGUCCUGCUCAUCGCCUCUGUGCUCCUGGUCGCCCCAGGGCUGGCCUUUUCUGGUCUGACUCCUGAGAGCCACGACCAGGCGACGGCCCAUCUGUGUGAUGGAGAUGAGUUGUGCCAGGGCCUGGACCCGGAGCAUCCCCAGGGUGACCUGCUGCUCCAAGGAGAAGAGCUGAGCCUACUCUGUGAUCGUUGUCAGAAGAUAAUACAACAUCUGAUGGACAAGUUGGGAGAUCAGCCUGAUGAGAAUACCGUCAUCGAGGCGGCCUCCAAGGUGUGCAGCAAGAUGGGGCUGCUGAAAGGUCUGUGCAAGUCAAUCAUGAAGAGAUUUCUCCGUCGCAUCGCUGCGGACAUCACAGCUGGAAAAACCUCUCGGGUUGUCUGUGUGGACAUCAAGAUGUGCAAAAGUAAGCCAGUAGGUUUCAUUUGAUUCCCUGGGUCCUCUUACCCCAUCCUGGGGUAAAAGCACAGAAACUCCAGCAUCCUCGGCCGGCUCCUUCCUUCCUGAAUCCAGGAGUCUUCUCUCCAGUUUCUCUCACCAAACUCCCUCCACUGCCUUUCCCUCUCAGAAUAAAAUAUCAUGCAAGA